GCAUCGCAAAGCUGGCCCAGCCUUUCCUAACAUUUCCCUUUUGUCUCUUUAGGUAUUUCUGGAAAAAGCCAGCUUCUCUUUGCACUGGUCUUCACAACUCGUUACCUGGAUCUUUUUACGUCGUUUAUUUCAUUAUAUAACACAUCUAUGAAGCUCAUCUACAUCGCCUGCUCCUACGCCACGGUGUACCUGAUCUACAUGAAAUUCAAGGCAACGUACGAUGGGAAUCAUGAUACGUUCCGCGUGGAGUUCCUGGUGGUCCCUGUGGGAGGCCUCUCGUUUCUUGUCAAUCAUGAGUUCUCUCCUCUUGAGAUUCUGUGGACCUUCUCCAUCUACCUUGAGUCGGUGGCCAUCCUCCCGCAGCUCUUCAUGAUCAGCAAGACCGGGGAGGCGGAGACCAUCACCACUCACUACCUGUUCUUCCUGGGCCUCUACCGCGCGCUCUAUCUCGUCAACUGGAUCUGGCGCUUCUACUUCGAGGGCUUCUUCGACCUCAUCGCCGUUGUGGCCGGUGUUGUCCAGACCAUCCUCUACUGCGACUUCUUCUACUUAUACAUUACUAAAGUACUCAAGGGAAAGAAGCUCAGUCUGCCAGCGUAAGUGCCAAAGACCAUCACCAGCAUCUGUCCUUCAGGGUGCUCGGACAGAAUUCUUACCACAGCAAAGGCACAAGAUGCUUGAUACGGAAAAUCAGAAACUUAACUCUUUUGUUGCAGAUAGUCAUCAGUGGCUCUGGAAGAACUCAGAGAGAAAGAACCAGAAGGUUUCUGUUUAAUGCGUCUUGCCUUAUCUUUUUUUAUUACUAUGUACAAAGAUUUUUUUACACAAAGAAACUUAAUGCUGUAUUAAUAAAUUCAGUGUGUAGCCUCAAUUGGAGUAGUUCCAAAAGUGAAGAUUUUGUGAGAAAUAGUGCAAACCUUUUUUUUUUUUUUAAUUCUUCGAAAUGGUUGAUUCUUUGUGUCUGCAAUGAAAUUGUACUCCUUGACAGUUGGUAGAUUACAUAUUCUUCUAUCUAUCAAACCUGCAUUCCACUAUAUUUAUUUUUUAUUUUUUUGCCAAAAGAUGAGUCAUGUUUGUUCGAAAUCUGAGACACUAUGUUCGAUUUGGUAAAUCUGUUCAAAUUUCUUCCCACCUGAUGUGGGAAUCCUUCCUCGGACGUCACAACACUACAUUUAAGGCUGGUAAGGAUGAUGUGCAAGUCUUAACGGUUUUGUAAGAUUCUGAAUGUCGAUGGAGUCCCAUUUGAAGGUCACCAAAGGUACUUGCCCUCCUCCCCCCAUGGGUGUGGAAGAAGUCGGUGGGCAGGGGUUCCUAGCUGCUUGCCAUCUGCGCAUGCGAUGCGAGGGCCAUUUGUGAUUAUUUUGGGUAUCGGACUCUACCCCUAGGGGACUAGAACACAAGUAGUUACCUAUCACUUUACAAUUCCAAAAGAUGGCCGCAAUCAUGUCCAUGCUCAGAAUCAAAUGAUUUUCCAUGUCACUUCCAGGUAGUAAAAUGAUUUGCAUUUUUUUAAAUUGGCAGCACCAAUCACCAUUCCUUAUACUCUUACCUUUUUUUUUUUUUUUUACUGAGCUCUUGCAUGAUUUGUGUUACCACCUUAAUAAACAUUUUAUUAAACAUAGAAUAAAUUGUCUUUUUUUCAUGAAUUAGGCUUUUGGAAUAUCCUGUGUCAGGAUGAUUUCUGUUUUUCAAUUGGCAACAAGAGCUCUAGAUAGCGCUGCAAACAUUAUCUACUUAAUAUUCUAAAACUAUAUUUUGUGGAAAAUUUGGAAUUUUUCCUCCUGGUUUUGCCAUUAGGUUGAUUUGCUACAUUUUUUUUUUUUAGUUAUGCAAAAGCAUAUGACUUUGUUUUUAUGUGAUGCACCAUAAGUGUUAAAAGUGUUGAAUACUAACAGUGCUUACUACAAGAAGGAUGGAGUAUUUUUGCUUGCUGCAUUAAAAUACCUUGAGGAGGGAGCUGGGCGGGUUUUAUUUUUAUCUAGUGUGUCUCUUACCAUCUCUCUCCAUUGGCUGUGUGAUUGCAUAGUUUAACCUCCUGUCUACCUCUCUGUUUGCUUCCUCCCUUGCCUCAUGGUUUUGUUUCUGUGUAUUGGUGUCUGUCUUUUCCAGCAUCUCAGUCUUGGUUUGGUUUCUGUUUUCAUCCUCUUUGGAAGUUUCUGAGAACGUGGAGGAAGCAGACUGACUGCUUGCUGCCCAAACUGGGGUGGUGGUCUCGCACAUGUUUUUGUGCAUGUAAGUCCAACUCAAGCAGGGCUUAGUCACUGGCGGGGAGAGCACAGAUGCACAGGAUGAGGAUCUGGGACCUCAGCACGCCGGCUGACUUAAGUGACAAUGCCUUCUCUUGUCAUUCUGCCCAAGUAACAAUAAAAUUGUCUAAGAUGUGACCACCGUUUUGUGCCCAACCAGGAUGACAUCUUAAUAAGGUGCCUGAGUGGGAGUGUGGGGUUGGGGCAGCGUCCUCCCGCAGGACGGAAACAACAAAGGCCUCGUGUGACACGCCUUAGGAAGCACUGUUUCAGUUACUCUCACUUCCUGAAUAAAGGUUAUCAGGUAAUUAA